GAUAAGAGAGAGACACACAUUCAGUACCAACAAACAAUCCCAGCAACUGACUACACCAUCUCCAAACUUUCAGCUCCUCUUUGUCAUGGCAGCAUCAAGUAGAACAAAGCUAGUCCUGCUGGGAAAAUCUGGCAUUGGGAAGAGCAGCCUUGGAAACGCCAUACUGGGAGCAGAUCUGUUUGAAGAAAACAUGUCCCCAAACUCUGUGACACAUGAAUGCAAAGUUGCAUCUAGAGAUGUCAACGGAGCGUCUGUCCAAGUCAUCGACACUCCAGGCUUCUUUGGAAACACCACGAAUGAAGAGCAGCUAAAGAGGGAAAUUCUGAGGUGCAUUGAAAUGUCCGCACCUGAGAUUCACGCGUUUCUCAUUGUGCUGAAUGUGGGACGAUACGGAUUCCAGGAGAAGCAGGUCAUCGAUAAAAUAAAGGAAUAUUUCACAGACGAGGCUCUGAAACACGCCGUGGUUGUGUUCACUUACGGCGACCAGCUGAGAACAGGCCAGAAGAUUGAAGACUUUAUAGAAGAGAAUCCUUGUCUGAAAGAGCUGGUGAGGAAGUGUGGAGGCCGGUGUCACGUUGUGGAUAAUAAAUACUGGAAAGAUCAGCAGGACGACUACAGGAGCAACAGGAUUCAGGUCGGUCAGCUUCUCAACACGAUAGAGAGAAUGAAAAAACGAGCAGAGUGGCUACACCAACUUCUUCUUCAAGCGGUGGGGAACGAGAUAGCGAGGAUGUUGGAAGGCAGAGAAGGAUGGCCCUGGGGCCAGAUUUUGAAGGUAUCAGCUGGAGCUACUGUAGGAAUGUUGCUGGGAGCAUUUCUUGGUUUUUUUAAAUGCACACCAAUUCCAUGUCUUGGUGCAUUUGGUGGAGCAUUGGUUGGUGGCAUAGCUGGGGCAGGUAUAGCUUACAGCAGUGAAACAACAAUGGAUGGUGUUGUAAAAACAGCUAAAAUCAUUUUCAAGAUCGGAGAGAAACGGCUGAGAGUGUCAUGCCUGGUAAACAGUCCAAACAGUUCUGGAGAGGAGUCAAAGUUGAAGCCUGAAUAAAGUAAAGAAAUAAAAUUGCAAGGGCGAGAAGCUCAGACCACAUGGAGACUGAUGAUCUACAUUUUUGUCCUUCCUGGUUCUGCAACAGAACGUGGAACCAGGAAGGUCACUGUUUUGAAACUCAUCAGUUUUCAGAAGUAAUUGCUCCUGGUUCCUUAAAAUGUCAGAUCCUUAUUUUUGCGUAGCCUAAAUAACUGAAAACCUUUUAUACAAACCUAAAAUCGUCUCCAUGUGGAAGGGGCCUCAGUUUGUCGAAUGUUUUAGACGUUUGUCUUCAUGGAGGGUUAAAAUUGAGGAGGGAAUAAUAACAUAAACGCAAACAAACGAUAAAGCCACUGAUAAAUCUGUCAUCAGCAACAGUGGAAGUGGUUGAUAAUGUUUGUAAAAUGUUAUUUUAACAGCAGGGCAGAAGAUUAAUUGUGUAAAUAAUACAAGAUGAUGAAGGACAUAAGAGGUUUGCGGGUGAAACAUUGUUCUACAUAUAAUUUUAACAUCUUUUUUAAAAAAACAAUGUCUGUAUUGAAGCUUCACAUCAGGAGCUAUAAUAUUCUAUUAUAUAUUACAUGAAAGCAGAAAUAAAUCUAAGUAGUUUUCCAUUUACAAAAUGUAGAAAACUGAUAUGUUCUGAGAAACUUUGUGUUUUUAGAACCUCGUUUUGGAACAUUGUUGAUUAAAACCUUAAUAACCUUUUCAUAGCCUAACAGUUACUGUUUCCUGUAAUUAUAUUUUUAUUGCAUUGUUUUAGUUUUUCUCAAUACAAAAUUAACCAAUUAACUCGAGCUGUUCAGGUCAUGUUAUCCUAAAUGAUUUCUUUAUAACUGUAAAAAUAUAUGUACAUGUAUAUGUAAUAAAGACUCUUUUCUUGUUAAGUUUAUCACAACUUGUGAAUGUAUGUUAAAAUAUUAAAAUUUAAGUCAUUCUUUUUUUUCCUUUACAAGCAUGUCAA